CGUUGCCUUGGUGGAGCGGGGACGGGCCCACCCUCGGGUUGUAGAUAUGUGUAGCACACCAACUUACUGCGACCUAGGAAAGGCUGCCAAGGAUGUCUUUAACAAAGGGUAUGGGUUUGGCAUGGUCAAAAUAGAUCUGAGAACCAAGUCUUGUAGUGGAGUGGAAUUUUCUACUUCAGGUCAUGCAUAUACUGACACAGGGAAAGCAUCAGGCAACCUAGAGACCAAAUACAAGGUCUGUAACUAUGGGCUCACCUUCACCCAAAAGUGGAAUACAGACAAUACUCUCGGGACAGAAAUCUCUUGGGAGAAUAAGUUGGCUGAAGGCUUGAAACUGACUCUUGAUACCAUAUUUGUACCAAACACAGGAAAGAAGAGUGGGAAAUUAAAGGCCUCCUAUAAACGGGAUUGUUUUAGUCUUGGCAGUAAUGUUGAUAUAGAUUUUUCUGGACCGACCAUCUAUGGCUGGGCUGUGUUGGCCUUUGAAGGUUGGCUUGCUGGCUAUCAGAUGAGUUUUGACACAGCCAAAUCCAAACUGUCUCAGAAUAAUUUUGCUCUUGGUUACAAGGCUGCAGACUUCCAACUGCAUACUCAUGUGAAUGACGGUACUGAAUUUGGAGGCUCUAUCUACCAGAAAGUCAAUGAGAAGAUUGAAACAUCAAUAAAUCUGGCAUGGACAGCUGGCAGCAACAACACGCGUUUUGGCAUCGCUACUAAAUACAAGCUGGAUUGUAGAACUUCCCUAUCUGCCAAAGUAAACAAUGCCAGUUUAAUUGGACUGGGUUAUACGCAGACCCUCCGACCAGGAGUCAAACUGACGCUGUCGGCUUUGAUAGACGGGAAGAACUUCAAUGCGGGCGGUCACAAGGUUGGACUGGGGUUUGAACUGGAAGCUUGAUGCAGUUUGAGUAGAGCGUCACUUGUCCCUGGAAAUGAAGAGAAAUAAACCCACUGUGUUUUGGCCUUAAAAUUCUGUGAAAUUUCAAAAGUGUGAACUUUAUAUUCUUCCAAAGAAUUGUAAUCCUUCCCACACUGAAGUCUAGAGAUACAGAUCCAUCCUACGGGAGGUCCUUGAAGGCAUGCCUGGAAAUUGCCAUGUUUGUGCCACAUUUCAGUUGAGUUCUGCAGAGUUAAUUUAAGUGUGUUCCUCAGCAACAACAUAGAGUCAUGUUAAAGGAAGUGAUCUGACUCCCGGUUUGUAUAUCACGACCUGCAUGUCCCACUCCACUUUUCCAUGACCUUUUGUCAUACUAGUCUCGGCUGUAGUGAAAUCUUUGGUUUUGCAUCAGAGUGAAAUAAACCCAUCACAUUUGGAACAUAA